AUGCAUGAAGAUGCAAAGAAGUUCUUUGAAAAAGCUAUUGAAUUAAAUCCUUAAUUGGGUGAAGCUUAUAUGUAUUUAGGUGCUAUUUCUCAACAAAAAGGAAUGAUAGAAGAGUCAAAAGAACUUUUAUUAAAAGCUAUUUAACUUGAUGAUAAAUGUUAUAGUGCUCAUAUGUAUAUAGCAAACUAUUAUUUAGCUACUAACUAGGUAAAAAAGGCUAUUAAAUCCUGUGAAAAGGCAUUGAAAAUUGGACCAAUUAAUCAUUGGGCAUAUCAUGUUUUAGGAAUGUGCUAUUACAGAUAAUAAGAUCUAGAAAAAGCUAAAACAUAUUAUUAUAAAGCUAUUGAAUUAAACUCAAAAGUAAAAGAACCUUUUUUAAAUUUAGGAAAUAUUUAUUUAGAGUAAAAUAUGAAAAAAGAAGCUAUAGAAUGCUAUGAAAAUGCUUUGAAACUUAAUACAAAAAAAGAAGAUUUAUAUUAUAUUUAUACUUAAUUAGGCUAAGCUAAUUAUUUCAUUAAUGAAAAAGAAGCUAUAAAAUACUUAAAAUUAGCUAUCUAGAUAAAACCUGAUAUUAAAUCUUUUUAUUUAUUAGCAAUGUCAUAUAUUUCUCUCGAUAAAAUAGAAGAGGCUAAGGAAUGCUAUCUAAAGGUUUUAGAAGGAGAUCCUCAUUCUUUAGAUAAAUAUGAAUAUUUAUUUAGUAUGCCUCUCUCCAAUUAGUAGUGGUAACGAGUGAAAAAAGGGCUAGAAAAAUCCUUAAAAUAAAAUGAUGAUAAUCCUUUUAUCUAUUAUUUCCUAAGUUAAGCAUGUGCUUAUUUGAGUUUGAUUGAUGAGGCAAUUCUAUACGGUGAAAUGUACUUAGAAUAUUAUCCAUUUAAUUUUUUUACUCCAGAUGAAGCAUUAUAUAAAAAAGCAAGUAUCUAUCACUUUCUCAUUACUUUUGGAAAUAGGGAUUCUACAGAAAAAGAUAACUUAAUUUAAGAAGCAAAGGAAUGUUUUUAAAAAUAUUCUUUACUAAUGUUGUCCCAUUUUAAUGUAUCUUUGGGGUUUGUCAAUAUACUUUAGGGAAAUGUAAAAGAGUCAAUUAAAAUAUUUUAAGAGUAUAUGAAAACUUAUCCUCAUUAUUAGCAUGUUAACUUUUUAACUGGAAUUAGUUAUUAUUUAGAAGGAAUAACAGAUAAAGCUUAAUAUCAUUUUGAAAAUUGUUUAAACACUAACCCUAAGCACAAAGAUGCAAUCUAUAAUCUAGGAAUAGUUUAUGAUAAGCUCAAAAAUUAAGAUAUGGCCAGACAUUUUUAUAAAAAAGCUUUUGAAAUUAAUCCUUCGUUUAAAGAAGUUUAAUAAAAAAUAAAUCUCAAUUAUGAUCCUAAUAAUAAACCUCAAAUCACUGAAGAACUUAAAAAUAUAUGUAUAAAAGCAAUAGAAGGGGAAAAUAUUUUUAUAUAAUCUUUCUCUGUUGAAUUAUUCUAAGUAGCAAUUAUUUAUGCUUUGUUAGAUAUGAAAAAAGAAGCUCUAAAAUUUUGUGACUAUGCUAUUAUUAAUAAUUUGUUAUUUGCAGAUGCUUAUUGUCUUAAAGCAACAAUAUUAACUGAAUUAGGUUAAAAUUAAGAAGCAAAAGAAUUUUUUGAAAAAGCUAAAAAGUUAAGAAAUUUUUGA